AUGCCUAAAUCCUUCCUGGUAAAAAGUCGCAGCUCAGCACAGCUAGGCGCCCGAGACUGGGGAGAACUCUCUGACCAGCUCCGUGGAGAUUCCUACAUCCCCGAAAGCAGCUUGGCAAAAAACCUUCCAGGCCCCCGGCUUCCCAGGAACACAACUGCAUGGGAGAGGACCCGUGAAGACCCGCAAAGCCUUGUCCAAAGCUUAUUUCAUUCUCCGCUGGAUGCCACGGGAAAAUGUCCCAGGAGCAACAGAGAUGUGGUGGUGGGUGAUGGGAAGGUACUCCGCCUGAGACCAAUCCGAGCAGACAAGAUUGACUCGGAAGGGCCCCCGUGGAGUUCCCAGCUGCAGGCUACCUUCCAGUGCUCCGUCUGCAGCAAGCGGUUCCCUCUACAGCGCAUGCUGAACCGGCACCUCAAGUGCCACAACUCCGUCAAGAAGCACAUCUGCAGAUACUGCGCCAAGGGCUUCAACGACACCUUUGACCUCAAGAGGCACCUGAGGACUCACACAGGCAUCCGCCCCUACUGCUGCUUUGCCUGUGACAAGGCCUUCACCCAGCGCUGCUCCCUGGAGUCCCACCUGAAGAAGAUCCACGGCGUCCAGCAGCACUACGCCUACCGGGAGCGCCGCUCCAAGCUCUUUGUGUGCGAGGAGUGCGGCUUCACCUCCAGCGCCAGCGAGGAAUACUACAGCCACGUGCGCCAGCAGCACUCCGCCGGCAGCCUCCUGGGCCGGGGCUUCCAGCAGCUGGCUGGGAAUCCUGCCGUUCACAGCAAGUUCCACGUCUUCUACCCGCUUCCCUACUGCAGAUGA